CUUAAUAUGAUUCACAAAGUGUACUUUCUUGAGAUGUACGUCGCUGGGGGGAAAACGUCUGAUAAAUGAAUGUAAUAUGUACUUAUUCUGUUCACGUGGCAAUUUUCAAGUGAUUUGCGUGGCGUCUCUUCGCUAAUUCAUCGUCACGGGCUGAGGACGUUAAAUGAACACUUUUUUGCUUUUUAACGCGUUUCGGUGUCGAAUUAUUUCCGUACAAUCUCGUGAAAGCGCAAAGUGUUGAGAGAGGCGGGACUCAGGACAAAACCGCUGAACUGCGGCGGACCUUUGUCUUCAUUAGCCUUAUUGGUAUUUCUUAGCCUUUAUUAGCGUUUCUCGCGCCUGGGUUUGGAAGUUGCGUGAACGUCGUGUUCGAUUCGGGGGAGCACGUGACGAACGGCUUCGGCACCUCAAUCCGCGAUAAAUAGGGAGGCGCGCGGACCAGACAGCUUCCGGCACCAUGAGUUCGCUACCGAGUCUGACUGUGAACAUGGACACGAACCCGAACCCUUCUCCCUCUCCGAGCCGCUGGUUCCGCUCGCUCCGGAGGACCAAGCCUGGGGACCCCUGUGUGAAGAGCUGUCUGACGGUUUGCGAGAAACUGCUGCAGAGGGCGAGAGGAGCCUUUCGGAUGGGCCGCACCUUGACGGAGAGCUUCCGCCGUACCCAGCUGGACGCCCUCGUUCGCAUGCUUGUAGACCACGAGUGCGACUUCGUGGAUGCGCUCUCCAGGGAUCUUCGCAAGCCCCGCUUCGAGACUGUGAUGUCAGAGCUGGUUGUGGUGAAGAAUGAAGCUCUUUAUGCCACCAGCAACCUCAAGAGGUGGAUGGAGCCACAGUGUAUUGACCGGACCCUGGUGACCUCCCUUGAUGAGUGCAUGGUUGUGAGUGAGCCUCUUGGGGUGGUGCUUGUGGUGGGGGCCUGGUGCAGCCCGGUGCAGCACUGCCUGGUGCCGCUGGUUGGUGCCAUUGCUGCAGGAAACUGUGUGAUCAUCAACCCCUCUGAAACCAGCCCUCACACUGCAGAGCUUUUGGACAGAAUCAUUCCCUCUUACUUGGAUAAUGAAUGCUACCAUGUGAUCCUCACGGGCUCCAGUGACCUACCAGAAAUGGUUGAUCUAAAAUUUGAUCACAUCUUCUUGACAGGCAACAGUGCACUUGGUAGCAAGGUGGCACUGAGUGCAGCCCGAACCCUCACGCCAGUCAGUCUGGUUCUGGGUGGGAAGAACCCAUGCUACGUGGACCAACACUGUGACGUGGCUACUGCGGCACGCCGUAUUGCCUGGGCUCGCUUCCACAACGCAGGGCAGAGCGCUGUGGCCCCUGACUAUGUGCUGUGUCAUGCCGACACCCAAAUGCAGCUGUUGCAGGCCCUGCGCAACUGCCUGCACCAGUUCUAUGGCCCUGACCCACGUGAGUCCAGGUGCUUUGGUCGCCUGGUCUCCACAGAAAAUUUCAUCUGUGUGCGAGACUUGAUCUGGAAGUCUGGGAAAGUGGAGAUCGGGGGACAGGUGAAUGAGGCUGAGCGAUACAUCGCACCAACAGUGUUGACUGAGGUGGUGGAGUCGGACCCCAUCAUGCAGCAGGAGGUUUUUGGCCCAGUCCUUCCCAUUCUCACAGUCCAGAACUUGGAUGAAGCAGUUUCUAUCAUCUGCCGCCAAGAAAAGCCACUGUGUGUGUACGUCUACUCCAGCAACAGCAAGGUCGUUUCUCGGCUGAUGAGGGACACAUCUAGUGGAAGCUUCUGUGCCAACGACUGCAUUUUGCAGAGCUUGCUGGUGAUGCUUCCCUUUGGAGGUGUUGGUGCCAGCGGAAUGGGCUCAUUCCAUGGACGGCACAGCUUUGACACCUUCUCACAUAGGAAGUCCUGUUUGCUGCGCAGCACACGCAUCGAAUGCAUCACCUAUCUGCGCUACCCGCCCUACGAGGACCACAAUUUGUCACUCAUGACAUGGGCCAGCACCCUGUCCAGCAGAAGCCAAGGCUGGUGCCAGAUCCUGUGACAGGAUGAUCAUGCUGAUUGUUUCACCUGUUGACAGCAAUCGCCCAUUCUUGUCAAAACAGGUGGAACUGGUGUCAUGAUACUGGAGGUGACUGGAUCUUUAACUUCAUGUCUAAGUAAUACUGUUCCUUAGCCUUAAAGGCUCAGAACUACAAUCUCCUCUGGCAGCUAAUAUUGAAGAGAACUAAUCUCCAUGACAUUGUAUUCUUGCACAAAAGCCUUAUGUAUUUAAGAAAUGGCACAUUUAAUGUUUCACGUCCUUGUGACAUUGUGGUGGCUGUUUAUACCAUACAGCAAGUGGGUUUUCACAAGAUCUAAUGUUCCUUUUGUAACUGUUUUGAAGUUGUAAAUUGCCUCUAAUAAAUGUAACUGCUCAUCUUGGAAAAACUCAGUAUCCUUCAUAAAACUGAUCAGAAACAAUUGUAUAAAAUACAAGGGAUCAUUUUUGGCUCAAGCACAGGGAAGCCCUGUAUUAACUUG